AUGCUGGAAGACUUAACAGUCAGACUCCCUCUCAUGAGUGCAAUCCCGUUGAUGCCAUCCAUGAGUAGCUUUGUGAAAGGACUGAUUUCUGGAAAGAUAACCGAUGACAGUGAGUUCAUGGUGGUCUCCAAAGAGUGCAGCGCUGUUCUCCAGAACAAAAGGAUCAAGAAACUGGGUGAUCCUGGAAAAUUUGUCCUAUCCAUCCAAAUAGGGAGAACAGUCUUCUCGUGUUCGCUAGUCAAUAUGGGAUCAAGCAUCAACCUCAUGCCAUACUCUGUAGCUAAGCGCCUUGGAUUCACGGAUUUCAAACCUACCAGGAUGUCCCUAGUGUUUGCUGAUCGAUCAGUGAAAUCUCCAGUCGGAAUUAUCGAGGAUAUCCAAGUUCUGGUUGGGAACACACUUGUCCCUGCCGUUUUCUUUGUUCUGGAACUCGAGGAAGAGUCAAAGGAUCCUUUUCUCUCCAUUCUCCUCGCCUAG